AUGUCAGCCAUGUUAGUGGAAACCAAUUAUUGGUCAACGGUAUUAAGUUUUUUAGCACAACAAUACUUGACGGAUUCACAUACAACAUGCAUUCUGUGGCAUGCAUCCUUCGAUAUCCAACUGAUGACGAGUCCACCGUUGGUCGUGCACCUUUUGAAACCAGAAAAGUGGCCUAGUUUGGAGAAGGACGUUAAUUAUGAGAGAAAACGUGCAGAACUGGAGGAGAAUCAGGUAUUCUACAAUGAUUGGAUAAUGCGUUUGACUUUGGCCAUUGAGCAGUCGCAUUGCGAGAGCUUUAUAGCUUUUCAGGAGCAUAUUGCAGAAUUUGCCCGUUACUUUUAUAAUGCCAGUAUUUACUCAAUUUGGCGAUCGACGCGAAAUCGUUUUAUUUUCGUUUAUACGGAUGAACUACUGGCAGAAACUGUUGAUGCAGCCAGUUAUUUUGAUGGUUAUAUAUUCCAUGAUCAACCCAACAUUCUGGUAGUCAACGGACCUUUUCUAAAUUCAACUAUUUUUGAGAUUAAAACGAAUAGUUUUGUGGGACCACGAUAUUUUGGGAAAGAACCAACAUCAGUAGCUUUUGAUACGUUGCAGCUUUACGACGCCCAGUUCGGGAAGAUUAUGUGGGAUGCCGGUAUUGAUAUGUUUAGUAAAAUGCGGGAUCUACAAGGACGCGAAAUCAUUUUAGGCAUAUUCAACUAUAAACCUUUUAUGCUCCUCGAUUAUGACAAGGAGCCAAACGUCUAUGAUCGCGCUCUGAACGGAUCUGAAGUGCUGAUAGAUGGCACCGAAAUUCGUAUAUUGCUUAUCUUUUGUGAGCUGCACAAUUGCACAGUGCAAGUGAAUACAACUGAAAAAUCGGAAUGGGGAGACGUGUAUGCAAAUUAUACUGGCAUUGGAUUAAUGGGCAUGGUACUAGACAGAACCACCGAUUACGGCGUCGGUGGUUUGUACAUCUGGCAUGAAGCGUAUCUACGCAUGGAAAUUUCACAUUUUCUUGGACGUUCCGGUGUCACCUGUUUAGUGCCGGCUCCGCAGCCCAUUAUCAACUGGGCCCUACCACUGCGUCCGUUCCAGGCCACCCUCUGGAUAUGUGUAGUGCUUUGCCUAGUGCUGGAGUGCCUGGCACUUGCCUGCACCCGUCAAUGUGAGAGAGCAACGGCAACAGGUGCGUCUCCUUCAUCUUCAUCUUGGUGCCAGAGCCUGCGCUUUGGUUGUGUUAGUGCGCUCAAGUUGUUUGUGAACCAGAGCACCGGCUAUGUGGCAACAUCCUAUGCCCUCCGUACCGUUUUACUGGCCAGCUACAUGAUUGACAUCAUUUUGACCACCGUUUACGGAGGAGGACUUGCCGCUAUACUAACCCUGCCAAAGCUUGAGGAAGCCGCCGAUUCACGACAGAGGCUCUACCAGCACAAACUGAUAUGGUCGGCUACCUCUCACGCCUGGAUAAAUAUGUUUGAUGCUGGGACAGCGGAUACCGUUUUACUGGGACUUAUGGAACGUUUUCGUGUAUACGAUGCCGAGGCCAUAGCCGCAAAAUCACGCACAGAACAAAUGGGUUUCGUGGCGGAGCGAAUGCAGUUUGGUCACUUGGCCAACGCCGAGAUGAUACCCGAUGAUGCCUUGUCGCGACUUAAGCUAAUGGUCGAUGAUAUAUACUUUCUAUUUACCGCAGCCUAUGUGCCACGCCUUUGGGCGCAUUUGGACGCCCACAGUCGGUUCGUACUGGCGUGGCACUCUUCUGGCUUUGACAAGUACUGGGAAUGGAAGAUUGCGGCCGAGUAUAUGAAUGCUAACAGACAGAAUCGGAUGUUGGCUUCACAAAUGCCCAAACUUGAUAUUGGACCCGUUCAACUGGGCAUUGACAACUUUAUUGGGCUAAUAUUGCUGUGGUGUUUUGGCAUGACAUGCAGCUUGCUGGCAUUUCUCGCCGAAUUGUGGUGCUUUAAAGUCGAACAAUUAUAAAUAAUAAUAUGUACUUAUAUAGUACUUAAGCUUAUACGUAUUUAGGCCUGCAAUAGCAAAACCUGAUCAAUUACACGCGUUAUUAAGGCACCCAGUUCAUGAUCCGGCACAUCCUUCCACAAUUCCCGCAAUGUGAGAUCAGCCAAUGUCGCUGCAUUUCGUCCAGCGGUUAAAAGGUUUGUGCGCAGAGUCAAAAAGAUGACCACAUCUGGAUCAAUAGGACUGUGGGUUUCGCAUAUUGUGUGCAACGCACGUGCUGCAUUUGGCGGAAUCUGUUAAGAAUUUGGAUAAUUAAAGAAAGCUCACAGUUUUAGACUUGGAAG